CCACCGGCGUAGGGUUAGGUUGCACAUAGGUUGCAGUUUCAGUUUGUUUUAUUCACCAUUUUGAGUAGCAGAAGGUAAAAUUAAACACAAUUCUUUCAUAGGAUAGAAUUGCAUUUUACAAUUUAUCUGGGGAAGGCGUUUGUGAUUUGAUAUUUAUUUUUACGCAAUUUCACAUUGCCCCUCGUGUCGCAGAACUGGACGCUGUUGGCUCUAUCUUACUGCUUUUCUUCUGUGCUCUUUUACAUUUGUAACCUCUACAGUAUUCCAGCAAAAUGUCCAGACCCGUGAGGAAUCGGAAGGUGGUGAACUACUCUCAAUUCAAUGAAUCAGACGAUGAAGAGUAUCGUGGCAAGAAACCCAGGAAAGUCCGAGAGGUGAAGCACAAGGUGUCCAAGAACUCCCAAGAGGACAGUGAGGACUCGGAUGAUAAGCACUCCAAAUCCAAAAGCGACUCUGCAGAUGACUUUGGCAGUGAUGAGGAUAACAACUUUGGGGGAGAGGAUGGUGGAAGUGAUUAUGACGCCAAAAAAGCCGCCAAAAAGGGAAAGAAAGGAGGGAAGGUCGAGAAACCCAGCAAGCGCUCGGUGAAGAGGAAACGAGGUGGAGAUGACAGCGACGACGAUAAGGAGGUCAGCCGGAAGGUGCGACAGGUGCGGCAGGCGGCAUCCAAAGCCGUGUCCAAACAGAGAGAGAUUCUGACGGCCGGGGGCGGCAGUGAGGAUGAGGAGCACGAGGAGGAAGAGCCGACCGCCAUGGACCAAGAGUCGGCCAGUGACGACGACUUCAUGGUGGACGAUGAUGACGACAGCGACUACGGCCGCUCCAAGAAGAAGGGUGGCAAGAAGGUGGUGAGCAGCGGCAGGAGGGGCCGGCCCGAGAAGAAGGAGAAGAAGUCUCCCAAGCCCAGACUAAAGGCCACAGUGACGCCUAGCCCCAUGAAGGCCAAGGGCAAAGGCCGACCCGGCGCAACCAAAGCCCAGGAGAAGUCGUCUCCUAAGGACGAGGACGAAGACGAUGAGGCAGACAGCGCCCAGGAGGACGACGACCAGGAGCAGGAGGACGAGGGGAAGGACAGCCCUCCCCCCGCCAAAAAGAAGAGCGAGCCUGCUAAAGAUGACAAGGAUGACGAGGACGAGGACGAUGAAGAGGAGAACGGCUCGGACGAAGACGGCGCGUCUGGGGACGACUAGGCAGUCCAUGGAUGCAUUUCUCAAAAGCAUAGUUGUUAGUCGUUAGCAACUUGGGUAGUUGCCAAUGGGAAAUUGCACUGCAAACAACAAAGUAGCUUCUGUAGUUAGCAACUACGCUUUCGAGAAAUGCACCCUAGUUCUGCAGCCCGUCUCCAGUUACUCCCCACUUCUUUUCCUUUCCUCCAACUUGCAUUUCACCCUCUCCCCAUCCCUUUUUUGUUUAUAUUUUGUUUUUGUCAAGGGUUUGUGCAGACAAGUUGCCUGGCUCAGUGAGUUAAGCCUCUCUGGAUCUCAUUUUAUUUUUUGUUUUUAACAUGUUUUUUUCCAAAGGCUUUUCAGUGUCUGCAGACAAUUGUAUGUGUGUAUGUGACCGUGCAUGGAAAGGGGGUCUGUCAUGGUUUUUAUUUAUCGACAGAAAUGCAUGGGGGCCGACCGCUGUAGCUGACGCUAAUUUUUAUUCUCUCUUGCACACAAGUGUGUUGGUUUUCCUUUUUGGGGGUUUGUUUUGUGUGCUUCGAUUUGUUUUGUGUGUGUGUGUGUGUGUGUGUGUGUGUGUGUGUCUUGUAUGUUACAAAAACCUAAAGCUGUAAAAGGUCUCUGGAAAUGUCUCUGAACCUCUGCUUCCUUGUCCAUCUUUUUGCUGUCCAUCAUCUCUUGAAUAACCUUAUUUGGUUAUGUGGAGGGAAACUGUUAUGCUGCUCUGAUGGCCACCGUAGAUUUAUUUUCUUGGUAUUUUAUAUAAUUCUCAGCUGAAAUGUCAGUUCAUUCAUGCUUACAGUUCAAUUUUGGCAUCUUCUCUGUUGUGAAGUUGCUCGCUUGAUGCUGUCAAAAGACAUAGGAUCGUGUAAUGGACAUGGUUGAGUGUGGGUCAUUUUCUAUUAUUAUUAUUAUUAUUUUUCGUUUUGAGGAUCAUCCUUACCCGUAUAUAUUUUGCCUUGGCUCUGUUUGUCUGUGAAAUCACCUUUGGAAACACACAGGUUUUCCUUUAUGUGUGCUUGAACAUAAACCUCUGGAAAAGUUGUUCUCAACCUUUUAUCAACUUCUGUAAAUCAAAGGUACAUAUAUGACCAGCCUUUUUUAAAGCCCAUAAUGAAUGCAAUGAAUUGUUUUGGGGUUUUUUUUGUCUUGUAAAAUUUGGGUUUCAGAGUGGAUUGAACUAACAGUGCUUGCAUUCACUUAAGGAAGGUCCUAAAAUUUGCCUGUGUCCAAAGAAAGUCUGACAGUGGAUGUGUGUAGACCCACAUGUUUCCCCUGACAAGCAGGGUUUUAGCUGUAUUUGCUUCAGUGGCGUCAACUUUCUUUUAAACUAGGACACGUUUUUAAAUGACUGUCCAAAUAGAUAUUGUGAUCCCUGGCUGGAGUUGUGAUGUGAUGUGGGCCAUGGUCCUAUUGUGGCCAUCGUAGGGUCAUGGUCCUCCAAAGACACAGGUCCAAGCUCUGUUUUCAAUAGUAUGGACAGUGUGUCACAACCAAUAACUGUGUCUCUACCCAUAGCUGGGAUUGGCGAUGAAUUAAGUCGUCUGCCCAUUGUAGCCCUUCAUAAUUGAUUUUGAUUGGUUGGUUUAUUGUGAGAUCUUAAUCUGAUUGGCUGGCUUUGGUAUAACGGGGUUGUGUGACCCGAAGGAUGUCCUCUGUGGAUGUCCUCACAAAGGUCGCGCUCCGCAAUGCUGCAAAAGGGUGUUCUUGAAACGGUUCCUGGUCACACAUGGUUUUCAUUCUAGGCAAAAAGAGAAAAAAGAGCCUUCUUGCAUGUGGGUCAAGCCACUGGGCCAGGCACAUCCUCAGUAUUUUAGUACCGAAGUUUUGCUUGUGUUGGUUUGGGGGAAAUACAGAAAAAAUGUUUUGUUUCGAAUUUUGUUUGUUUUUUUAUAAUUCCUCUUCAGAAUUUUUGUAAUGUUUGUUUUUUAAGAAAAGAAAUAAAAAAAUGUAUUGUGAUUUUAAAGAGAAGGCAUACCCUAUCUAUCUUUUGACUGAAACCUCUCAAAGUAUUCUUACCCUUCUUUUCCUGCGUUACUGCUUUAGAGUCUCUUCUCUCUGUGUCCAGUUUGGGUCAUUUUUGUACUUCAUUGCGUGUGCACAAGUGUAACAUUACCAACCAUCUAUUUGGCUUAAAGCACUCCCAUGCAGAUAUUCCAUGCCCUUCCUGUGAAACAGCACUGAUUUGUGGUGUGUGUUUCUUUGCCUGUCGUAUUUCUUUAGAAAAAUGAAAUCAUAAGCAGGGCACCUUUUUUUUUUAAGCGUUGAGUUUUAGCUGUGAUGAUGACAUUUUGAAAGAAUGUGAGAAGAAAUUUGAAUGAAAUGGUUGAGACAUUAUGUACACAGUACAUGGCUAUG